CUUUUCUUUAACCUUUGUAGGGAGGGACAAGAUAAAACAAGCGAAUUGUUUGAUCCUCCAAGUAUCAUCAGCCAUUCCUUGUCCUUCCUUCUCAACUCAUCCAUUUCUGCCGUAUAUUGAUUUCCUUGAAACCGCCUCCAUCAUGGCCAAGGUUGCUACGGAUUUCGAAAAGAUCAUUAACGAGGGGCGUGAGCGAAAGAAGAACGAGGCCCUCGCCGAUCGCAUCUUCUCAAAGAACCGUCGCCAAAGCGCACCCUCCAAACUCAAGUCGGCCCCCGGCCAAUCACUAGCAAGCCGUGUCGGCGUUAAGAAGCGAAUUUCCACAAUCGGCACCCGCUCGACCCAGCCCGCACCUGGCAAUGUCAACGGAGAAUGGACACACGAUCUGCACCACUCCGUCUCAGGCGACCUAAGCUCCCGCAUCUCAGCUCCCAAUGCUGCUCAUAAGAGAGCAAACAACCGCCGUGCUGCUCGUCUCUCCGCUGCCGUGGAUCGCAUGGACACUUCUGGUGACGUGCCACAACAGGUCAAUAUCGUGAAAGGCAAGGGCGGCGCUGGCAAUGGCAAUGGCAAUGGCAUGGGGAUGACAAUUCGGGGUCUCGCAGGCCCCUUCACUAUCAUGGCACAAAACUUUGCCCCUGGCACUACAGCCGCUGAUAUCGAGAGCGCUAUGACUCCCAUCGGAGGCGAGAUUCUAAGCUGUCGCAUUGUCAAGUCAAACCCAUUCCUCCUCUUCGAGCUAGCCUUUGCAUCGCGCGAGGGUGGUGAGCGAGUAAUCGAGACCUUCAACGAUAAGACCGCUGAUGGUAGAAUCAUCAAGGUGUACCCUAAGCUUGGAGCCCCUUCAGGCAAUACCAUUUCGUCCAGCAAUGCGCCAAGAAACGCUCCAAGUGGUCCCCGUGGCACCCGCGGAAUCAAGCCCAACCCCAACGACAACAUCGUUGAUGGCUCGAUGGGUUUCCCUGACUUAAUGGACACAGCCACCACGAAUGGCUCAUCAAGGAACAACCAGUUGUACAGCGAUAAAAUCGUGGGCGGCAACCGACGAGGCCGAGGUGGUCAAAGAGGUCGCGCCGGGCGAUGAUAAAAUACCGCCUUUCUUGUUUUUCCUUGAUUGCGUUUGACGAUUACUUCGCGAACUUUUGGGGAUGUGGUUUCUAGAUAACAGACUGGGAGGUACUUGUCAGCAUUGAAAAAGCUGCGCAUUUUCACGGUGACCACACAAUGGAGCAGUGGGUGUACGAAAUUUUGGGCUGGGCGUUCGGGGUUCACACGUCCAAAGUGGGCUAUUAAAGCUAAUCAUUUCAUCUUAUCUCUCUCUAUAUAUAUUUCGGAUACCCCUAAAAAAUGGGAACAUGUUACGGCCAUGUGGAAGCGAUUCAGUGUCCCAGUUCCCAGUCAUGGUAUCACUUGAGGAUGGAGAACCAUUCGCUUUCAUCAAGGGUAAUUCAUGAUUUUAUGCCUCGAUUCGUCCACCCAGAAAUGACCCCUUUGAAGCCGCCCACGCCCAAAUAAUACCAAUACAACUACAAGAUGGGAAUUGUAACCCAAACCCUUACCCCAUGAUAUACCAAGCGCGGUCCGUCCGUCAUCAUAC